AAAGAAAAAAAUUGAAAAAAGAGCGCCGGGUCACCGAUCUGAGAAGAGCGGAGCAAGAAAGAAAGUGGAGGAAGCUAAGCUGCAGAGCUCAACCUGAUAUAUGUGGGGAAGUUUUAAGUGUUAUCUAUGAAUAACAACAAUACAGCAUCAAAGAAUGCAGGGGUGACACCCCCAUUUGUGCAUUCUGGGACAGUGCCACAAACAACGCCCAUGAACCACCAGACACAACCUCAAACACAAGGUGGGUCUCAUUUUCCAGGGCAUUUUCAAUUGUCUGAGCCGCAAGUACAAGUGCUGGCACAGGCACAGUAUGUGCAGGCUCAUGCCCAGGCACAAGCUCAGGCUGCCCACUCCCAGUUUCAAGCUCAGGUACAUUCACAAACUGCAAAUACUGGCAAUGUUGGUGUGCCUUCCCCCUUGGUUUCCACCCCAGGAACAGGAAGUGCGAAGCGGACUACUCAGAAGCCACCUUCUAAACCCUCUAGUUCAUCCAAUAACAAUGUGGCUUCCUCGUUUAAAACAAUGGAGCUAACUCCAGCUGCUAGAAGAAAGAAGCGGAAGCUUCCUGAGACACAAAUACCAGAGAAGGUGGCAGCAGUUUUGCCCGAGUGUGCUCUUUAUGCUCGGUUACUAGAAUUGGAGGAAAGAGUAGAUGCUACUUUGGCAAGAAAGAAGAUUGACGUCCAACAGUCACUUAAAAAUCCUCCGUGUGUUCAGCGGACACUUCGAAUUUAUGUUUUCAAUACUUUCUCAAAUCAGGGACAAACAGAUACUGACAAGAAUAAUGCUGAGGCCCCUUCUUGGUCCCUUAAGAUUGUUGGGAGGAUUUUGGAAGGUGGCAAAGACCCUGUGCUGGCUGGAAAGGAGCAAAAGUCAUACCCAAAAUUCUCGUCUUUCUUCAAGAAGAUUACAAUAUACCUGGAUGCAAGCCUCUAUCCAGAUAAUCAUGUGAUUUUAUGGGAGAGUCCUAGGUCACCUGUGCUUCAUGAGGGCUUCGAGGUGAAGAGGAAAGGAGACAAGGAGUCCACUGCAAGAAUAAAGCUAGAAAUGAAUUAUAUUCCUGAGAGAUACAAACUUUCAUCUGAUCUAGCAGAAGUCCUUGGAAUUGAGGUGGAUACCCGCCCAAGAGUCUUGGCUGCAGUUUGGCAUUAUGUGAAGUCUAGGAAGCUUCAGAACCAUGAAGACAAUUCCUUCUUCAUAUGUGAUCCACCCCUCCAGAAGGUGUUUGGGGAAGAGAAGAUGAAAUUUUCUAUGGUUUCACGGAAGAUAACUCAGCAUUUAACUCCUCUACAACCUAUAUAUUUGGAACACAGGAUCAAGCUUUCAGGAAACUGUCCAGCUGGAUCAACUUGUUAUGAUGUACAGGUUGAUGUACCUUUUCCAUUAGAAAAGGAAAAGUCUGCUUUCUUGGCAAACAUGGAGAAGGACACAGAUAUAGAUGCUUGUGAUGAGAUAAUUCGCACUGCAAUAAAGAAAAUACAUGAGCAUUGUCGACGGCGAGCUUUCUUCAUUGGUUUCAGUCAGUCUCCAGGAGAGUUCAUUAAUGCUUUAAUUGCUUCACAGAGCAAGGAUCUAAAGCUCUUUGCUGGAGAUGCUAGUCGGAAUGCAGAAAAAGAGCAUCAUUCUGAUUUCUAUAAUCACCUGUGGGUUGAAGAUGCUGUUAUUCGGUACCUGAAUCGCAAGAGUGCUGGAAGUGAUGCUUCUGGGGCUACUUGAGCAGGAAUCUAUUUAAUUGUUAAAUGGUAUUAUGAAUUAGAUCCUUGUAUCUCCAUUUCCUUCCCGUUGCUUUCCUGCAUUGUUUAUUGAUUAGAGGAACAUCAGUUGAUACAGACAAAAUAUAAUUAGUGACUCUUCAGCUAGAACGUUGUAUCAAAUUUAUCUGAAGACAGGAGAGCAAUGUAUUUGUUUGUUGUCUAAAUUUGCUUAACGUAAAAUUAGUUAGGUUAUGGUAAUGAGACCCGUUUCAUUUUUGUGGAAUUUACCCCAAGCACCUUGACCAAUUCAUU